AUGGAGAAAAGGUGGCAUAAACUUGAUGCUGAAGCAGCAGCUGCUACAAACCUCACUGAGAUGAUGUACUUGAAAAGGCAAGCAGGACAGACCUCCGAGGACGCCGCAAUGAGGCUUUGUUUGGGCAGACAACUACUGCCACCUUCUUCACCAGAUUCUAACCUUGAUGCUGUAGCUCACAUUAAAGUUGGCUCUUACUACGAAAUCGAUCACUCGAAGCUUCCCCAUAAAACCCCAGACCAACUCAAGUUAGUUCGAGUUAUCAUGGUGAGCAAAAAGUCUAAGUGCAGCGUGUCAUUAAGGUACCCAAGCGUGUGUUCUCUCCGAGCAUACUUCAGCGAGAGGAACCGCAGGAAACUGGAGGCAAAGAUGUUACCCUCAUUGGAUGAACAGUACGCAAUGGGAUCGGAGCUUGCUGGAGAUGUUUUAUACCGUAGGAUCCCACCACAUGAAAUUGCAACGCAAAGGAAUCAAUGGAGCUUUUGGGUGGUGGUUUUUCAAAGGGAACAAGAAACAGGGAAGAACCCGAGCUCAAUCCCAAGCCCAAGCCCAUCUAUCAUUACCAGCUACGUCAAUGUGGUCUCCAAGAAAGGCUUGUGCUGGUCUGUGUUGAAGUCCACGGGGAUGGUCCGGUGGGGUCGGCGUAGGCAAGUUCGCUUCCUGGGCCGCCACGUGGAGGAGAGGCGGGAACUGAAUUUGUCAGGAAGGGUUAAAGGAGAAGAGGAAGAGAAGCGGAAUGAAGUCGAUGAAGAAAAAGAAGAAGAAGAAGAAGAUGAUGAUGAUGAAGGGGAGGAAGAAGAGAAAGAAAUAAGGGUUAGCGAUGAAGAGAACUCGGAGACAGAUAAGAGGAAGAGCUGUAAGAGGAAGCGCCAUGGAGCAAGCCACAGGACCCAGAUGCCAAAGAGAGCAAAGCAUGAAAAGCAGAAUCAACAAAUCACUCUUUACAAGCCAGGUAAGAGAAGAGAAGUGAAGAACUCCAUUGAAAGAUGGUCUGUUCAGAGGUAUAAUUUAGCUGAGGAAAACAUGUUGAAGAUUAUGAAGGAGAAGGGAGCAAUAUUUGGGAACCCAAUCCUUAGGCCAGCAUUGAGAGCAGAGGCUAGGAAGCUGAUUGGGGACACUGGUUUGUUGGAUCAUUUGCUGAAGCACAUGGCUGGGAAGGUGGCGCCUGGAGGGGAAGAGAGAUUCAUGAGGCGGCAUAAUUCCGAUGGAGCAAUGGAAUAUUGGUUGGAGAGUGCUGAUUUAAUGGACAUCAGGAAGGCGGCUGGGGUGCAGGAUCCUUAUUGGACUCCACCUCCUGGUUGGAAGCUUGGUGAUAAUCCCACCCUGGAUCCUGUUUGUGCUAGAGAGCUCAAGGAGCUUAGGGAAGAAAUAGCCAGACUGAAAAAAGACAUGCUAGAGAACAAGAAGCCCGAAGAAGAUCUAGUUCUUGUCACCACCCCAAAUUAUUCUGUUGCAAGCCAAAACUUGGUUCAUGAUACUACUAUGUUAUUUCCAAUGAAGGAAAAGUACGUGGAUUUGAUGAACAGGAAAGCAAAACUUGAGGAACAGCUGGCGGAAAUUGCACAAUCUUUGUGUGGACUGGAGGGAGAGAUGGGGAAGCUAAAAUCUAUAGUGGAAGAUCUAAACAAGCCAGAAUCAGCCGAAACAACACUACUAAUAAUGAGAUCAACAACACCACCAUUAAGCACUGGAAGAGAGACAAAAGAAAUGGAGAAAAGUAACAAAGCUGUACUGGUAAUAUCAGAUGAAGAAGAAAAAGAUAGUAGUGCAGCAGGGAAGACCUCAGCAGUGCCAAGAACAACAAGAAACACAGUGACAACAGAGGACAAGGCAGCAAAAAUCGAAAGGCUGAAGAGUGGGUUCAGGAUAUGCAAGCCACAGGGGACCUUCCUAUGGCCAAACAUGGCCCUGUCCGGUCAGGUUGUGGUUCCACUUGAUGACCAGCUUGCGAUCCCCACUCCUUCCUCUGUUUGCUCUUCCACUACCACCGCGUCCCGCCUCGUCCCUAGCCCUCAAGAACAUAGGCCCCAGCCAACUUCCACAGUCAAACCAUUGGCUGAGAGGCGAAGUACUGUUGCUGCUGUCAAUUUCUCACCCACAGCUGUCAGCAGACACCCUCCUCCUCUGCCACUGGAGGCCACCACCGCCCAAUACGCAAACAGUAGCAUCACCCCCGACACAACUAGUAUCACCACCAAAACUACUCUCAUAAACCUCAACGAGGUCCCUGGCAACCCCCAUGACCAUGGAUUUUGUGGGUCUCACAGUCAAAGCCAAACCUCACUCUCCCCACUCACCUACCAGAGAAGGCAUCUUCAUUUGACAACCUCUACUUCCAUGCCACGAUUGAUGCCUGGUAAGAGAGAGAAUGAGAUGAGCCAAUGGGACGGAGGCAACCACCAGCAGCAAAAGGGAUGCUCCUCACCCUCUUACCAUUGCGUGUCAGUGGGAGCAGGAACAUGGUUGGCUCUGUCUACUCCUAGCUCUUCCAUGGACAAUAACUCUACGAGAGUCUAA